GUGGGAGGGGAGUUUGCUGGUUCUGCAGACCCAGGGCAAAGAGGGCUGAUUUGCAAAGCGAGGGGCUGCGACAUCCUUGCAAGAAUUGCAUCCUCGGGUGUGGAAAAGCCUCCGAGCCCCAGUUUGCAAAUGCUGAAGGGUUUCUGGUCCCGAAGCCGGCACUCUUCGCCCAGAUGGAGCGCGGGGAAGAGUUGUGGGCUCCAGAUUCUCGGGUCCAGGAAGAAAUUAAGACCUCCAACACCAGUCCAGGAGAUGCCUUUAGGGAAAAGAACAUGUGUUAUGUGUGCGGGAAGCAUUUUACUCAUCUUGUCAGACACUGGCGAGUCCACACUGGAUAUAAACCAUACAAAUGCUUGCGAUGUGGAAAACAGUUUGCUCAACAAUCAUAUUUAUUAAACCACCAGAGAGUGCACACAGGAGAGAGACCCUACAAAUGUUCAGAAUGUGGGGAGAGGUUUUCUCAGCAAGCUCACCUAGUGAGGCACAGGAGAGUCCACACAGGAGAGAAACCAUACAAAUGCAUGGAGUGUGGGAAAUGUUUUGCUGACAAAUCUGGCUUGAUGAUCCACCAGAGAGUCCACACAGGAGAGAAACCAUACAAAUGCAUGGAGUGUGGGAAAUGUUUUGCAUAUAGCUCAGCUUAUUUAGAACACAUGAGAAUCCACACUGGAGAGAAGCCCUAUACAUGCACAGAGUGUGGGAUAUGUUUUCGUCGCCGUUCACACCUUUCAGGACAUCGGAGAAUUCACACAGGAGAGAAAAGUUAUAAAUGCAUGGAUUGUGGGAAGUGUUUUACUGACAAGUAUACCUUGGUGAUCCACCGGAGAGUUCACACAGGAGAGAAACCAUAUAAAUGUACAGUGUGUGGGAAAUGUUUUGCUUACAACUCAAGUUAUUUGAAACAUCAGAGAAAUCACACUGGAGCAAAACCUUAUAAAUGCCCUGAGUGCGGGAAGUGUUUUCCCCACUGGCCAGAUCUUAAGAUCCAUAAGAGAGUCCACAGCGGAGAUAAACCAUUUAAAUGUUUGGAGUGUGGGAAAUGUUUUGGUUACAAAUCCUACCUACUGGACCAUCACAGGCUUCACACAGGGGAGAAACCUUACGAAUGCUCAGAGUGUGGGAAAUGUUUUGUUCAGCGGUCAAACUUUAAGACACAUCAGAAAAUCCAUACUGGAAAGAAACCGUAUAAAUGUUCAGAAUGUGGGAAGUUUUUUGCCCAGGGAUCAGGGUUAGUAGUACACCAGAGAGUACACACAGGAGAAAAACCAUAUAAAUGCCUCAAGUGUGGGAAAUACUUUACUCGUUCCUGUAGCUUGGUGAAACACCAGAGAUCCCACACUGGAGAGAAACCCUAUGAAUGUCUGCGGUGUGGAAAAUGCUUUGCUCGCCAAUCAUCCCUAAUACAACACCUCAAAGUACACACUGGAGAAAAACCUUACAAAUGCCUGGAGUGUGACAAGUGUUUUGCUCUCCGCUCAGCCCUUGUAAAACAUCAAAGACUCCACACAGGAGAGAAGCCUUAUAAAUGCUUGGAAUGUGAAAAAAGUUUUGCUCGACACUCAAGUCUUGUAACACACAAGAGAAUACACACAGGAGAGAAACCCUAUAAAUGUUUGGAGUGUGGGAAAUGUUUCACUCAACACUCAAACCUAGCAACACACAAGAGAGUCCACACAGGAGAUAAACCUUACGAAUGUCCUGACUGUGGGAAACGUUUUACUCAGAGGCCACAUCUUGCAAUUCACCAGACGACCCACUCUGGACAAAAGCAGUGCAAAUGCUUAGAGUGUGGGAAAUGUUUUGCUCAUAGAUUCCUCCUUGCUAGUCAUCAAAGAGUGCAUACUGGAGUGAAACCUUAUAAGUGCCUUGAGUGUGGGAAAUGUUUCACACAACACGCUCACCUCACAACUCAUUGGAGAGUGCACACAGGAGAAAAACCAUAUCAAUGUCUUGAGUGCAGGAAAUGUUUCAGGCAACGUGCGCAUCUUUUGAUCCAUCAGAAAGUCCAUAUGGGACGCAAAUCAAACCAUGCUAUACCUCAGAGAUCCCUUUCAGCGUUAAAUUCAGAGACGGGCAGUACCUCCUUUAAGAAUAGAAAACAUCAAAGCAAAACGACACAGGAAAGAAGUAUAUAAAUGGAUUUCAUGUGGGAGAACUCUGUGCCUGAGUAAAGCAUCCACGCAUAAUGAAUCCACAUGGAAAAGAAGCCCUGUAGCUAGUAGAAGAUGCAUUCAGUUUUUUGAUAGGAUAGCUGAAGAAAUUGCACGUCGGAUGCUACAAUAUCCACAUCCUUUGUAAAUCGGGCAAAGAACCAUAAACAGAAAGAUGGUCCUCUGCAUCUUUUGUGUGCUGAUCUGUAAGUUAGCCUUCCCCCAGGCACCUGGUUGGCCACUGUGAGAACAGGAUGCUGGACUAGAUGGGCACUGGCCUGAUCCAGCAGGCUGUUCUUAUGUUCUUAUGUUCAAAUGGCUUUCCUGUUCGAAAUAAAGCUUGAGUGCUUAGCCAGAAAUGAGCCAAGGAUAAAUGAAAUGUGUGAAACGCAACUUGCAAGAGUAGUGGUUGGGAAACUGACUGAAUGCCAUCUCCAAGCUUGUCAUAGGAACUUAUUUAGCUGUAGAUUUUAUUUGGUGUCCUGUCCCAGUCAUCUCCCCCUCUGUAACACACACACACACACAGAUGCUCUUUAAGUGAUAGGGGUUUUACACCACAUCUCCACCUGUGCUGCCUUAACUAGCCAUCAGCAACCAGAAACCUAGAUGAAAUCCCACUUAGGAAGAGAAAAUUUAACUCCCCCCCCCCAACAUAUCUAGAUCUACACAGUGCUGAUUUAAGUAGUGGAGAAGUUGAUGUGUAGACACCGCUUUCAGCUCAAGCUCAGCGUAAGCCUCAGUUUUAGGUUAUAAAGUGCAGCAAGGAGCAACUCCUCCAUGAGGAAAGUUUGCCGUAUUUGGGACUUUUCAGUUUAGAGCAAAGGCAAGCAAGAGGGGAUAUUAUAUGAAUGCAUAAACUUAUGCAUGGCAUUGAAAAUGUGGAUAGAGAAUUUUUUUUCUCCCUCUCUCAUAACACUAGAACUCGCGUACAUCCGAUGAAGCUGGAUGGAUGUUGGAAGAUUCAGGAUUAAUAAAAGAAAAUACUUCACAUAGGACGUGGUGUGGGGCCCAUGGUACAUGUUUUCAUCUAUGGUGGUAGUGCCCCUGGAUAAAACAUUUCUGGGCUGAGAUUUUUGAAGAAAUAUCUAAAAUUUACCACGUUCCUAUUCAGAUGUUACCCCAGUUGUGCCUUUUUUGAUUGAUAUUUUAUUUAAAGAUCUUGUAAUGUGUCUCUUAUUUCCUGCUUGUCUUUCAUUUCCUCAAACAUGCAAAACGUCAGAUAAUUUGAACAUUUCCAUUUGGUAUAAGAAUACCUGGAAUGUUGCCAUUUUAGAAAAAAAUAUUUAUGAUCUAUUCAAGGCAGAGCUAAACCAGAGACAUUUAAUGUGGUAUGGUGGGACUUUAUUUUCUAUACCUCUAAACACCAGGCCUUUUGAGAAAACAUAAGAAGAUUCAUAAUUUGCUUUUGAACUGUUUUGUCACGUUACUUUAUGCCACCAUCCAUCCCUGUUUUUUUCCUUUUUUUUUUACAAUAAAGAAAGGCGGGGGGGGGGAAGAAAGCCACAGAUCACAAUAGCCCGUCUUGCCAUUUUCACACAAGAUAGUUAUGUGUUAGACAAUAUUUUGAAAGCAAAUUGGCAAAUGUGCUCCAAUGUGUUUCAGUGCAGAAGAGUUGGGAGGCUGGAAAGUGGUUGAAAAGCACAACAUGGAGAAUAAUAAUAAUAAUAAUAAUAAAUAAUAAAAUUUUAUUUUAGGCCGCCUAUCUGGCUGAAUGAACAGCCACUCUAGGCGGCGUACAUAAUUAAAAUUUUAAAAUACACAUAUAAAUACAAUUAUAACAUAUUCAAUUUACCCACAUCUGUACACUAUAAAAUUAAAAUCAGCACUUCAUAGGACAGUAGAUAUACAACCGAAGAGAAAAAGGCUCUUUCCUCUCUAAAAGACUGGGAGGGAUGCGUUUGAAAGAGAGGUCAUCAAAAUCCUUCUGAAUGUGAGAGUAGCCAGGCAUAUUUCUGGAUAACAGAAAUUAACAGCCUAUUUUAGGGAUGUGCUAGAAUUCCGCCCAAUUCCAAUUUGGUACUGAAUUCUCCAUUAAUUUGCUUAUUCUCUCUCAUUGCGGAUCAUAUUUUUAUGUAGUGAUUUUCAGCAACUGUUUUCAAAAACAGGGUUUUUUAAAAAUAAAAAGCCCAGCUCUAAAAUACCAAUAUUAAUGAUAAAUUUAUCAAUAUUUUUCAUGUUAAUAUCAAUAUUUCUUGCGAAGUAAAAAAAAAAUCAGUAGAAACAGCAGCUAGCAGACAAAGAACGAACUCAAAUCAAUACCAGACUGUUAGGGCGACAAAACGCUUUCAAACUGUCAACAGAUCCCGUCCUUAGCUUCUUGCAGGACAGAACCAUUUCUGCAGCACAAAAGCACAGCAUUUAAAAAGUAGAAGAAAUGUGAGUGGUAAAACAAAUGGUUCUUGAAAAGUAGGGGUGGAAGGAGAGGCCUUGUUGCUGAUUUGGUGAGAGUAAUUGUAACUAGCCCCAGCUGGACAGUUGACUUGGAGGAAGCAUCUCUGCAAAGAAAUAACUUUAAAAGGCAGACUGUGCCAGCAUGGCGGGCAGACUCUAGCGGGUCACUCCUAAAGUGGAAACACUAAAGGGGGGAUGGUUGCACUUUAGGGAUCUCCACGAGGGGUUUUUCAUCCUAAGACCUUGUUUCUGAUCCUAAACCUGGAUGAAUCAAUGUUGCUUGAUGGGAGAAUGUGGAAGGAAAGUUAUUGCUAAUUGUGUGGGGUGAAAACCCAGAAUAAUGGUGGCCAUAAGGGUCCCCAGGGUAAGAGCCAGG